ACUUUAUUUUUUUAAAGCUCAUUUGUGGGGGGGCAGCGAAGCUUUCGGCGGAUUGGCUCGACAUUGACAACGCUGUGCGCGCUAUCUCUUCCUUCUCAACUACCUCCAUCUCCAGAACACGACAAUGCCGUCUGUCGACACCAACGGAGCCACUGGAAGCAGCACUGCUGCUUCUCUUGCCACCUACAUCAAGGCUUGCCAGGAUGUCUCGGGCUCCAAGGCCAACCCUAGGGCCAAGGUCAUCAUUGACAGCCUCAUCAAGCACCUCUUCGAGUUUGCCACUGAGGUCGACCUCACCAUCGACGAGUGGCUCAUGGCUUGCAAUGUCCUCAUCAAGAGUGGACAAGACUCGAGCGACAAGCGCAACGAAAUGAUCCUCAUCAGCGAUGUUCUUGGCCUCGAGUCCCUUCUCGACACCAUGGCCCACGAGCGGGCCGAGCGCGCCGCGGCCAAGUCGGGCAACAAGGCCGCCAUCAAGUCGACGGACAGCGCCAUCUUGGGCCCCUUCUACCGCGAGAAUGCGCCCGAGUACAAGAACGGGAGCGACAUUGUCCAGGACCACCACUUGACGGACAAGGAGGGCAACAAGGGCGAGACAACCUAUGUGCACGGCAUCGUGACUGACCUCAACGGCAAGCCCAUCGCGGGCGCCAAGAUGGACGUGUGGCACACUGCGCCCAAUGGCUAUUACGACUCGCAGGACGAGCAGCAGUCGCCCUACAACAACCGCGGCCUCUUCACAUCUGCGGACGACGGUUCAUUCGCCUUCAAGGCCCUCCGACCCACCCCCUACCCCGUCCCCGUCGACUCGGGUGCCGGCGAUAUCCUCAAGGCCCUCGACCGCACUGCAAUGCGCCCCGCCCACAUCCACUUCUACGUGCGCGCACCGGGCUACAAGACCCUCAUCACUCAGAUCUUUGACAAGCAAUGCAAAUACAUGGCCGCCGACGCAGUCUUUGCCACAAAAGAGAGCCUCGUCGUCGACUUCAACAAGCCGUUCACGCCCGGCGUCGACACCGACACGGAGCUCAAGUACAACAUUGUACUGGUCCCCGAGAGUGCUGCUUGAAGAAAAUCAGCCGCACGAAACCUCUUCUAUUUCUGUUCCCUCCCCUUCUCACACAUGGUCGUGCUAAGAGGUCUAUUAAUUCAAUGAUGCUGGGUGGUCUUUCUGUGCGAUCGUCCUUGCUGGCCCCGCC